GCAUUCGACCGUUUUGAUUCUUUAAAAUGUCAUCGAUUUGAUAUAGCUACAAACAACACAUAAUUGAACCAGACAAGGAACGCAUUCAGCAAAUCAUGGAAAAAGCAGUACAGGAUGCAGAUUGGAUAAUCAAAAAGUAUACCAAAGCCGAGGGGGUGAAAAUCAAUAAGGAGAAAUAAGAGACAGAGAAGUUGAUUUUACCAUAGAGCAUCUUUCAGUUUUUUACCCUCGUAGAGAAGCUUGAGCUGCGUUUCUUUUAAAAAUGGAGUUUAAGACGUUAAUACGUCGCGAAACUGGUGCUAACGCGACAGAGUUCUGGAAGGCCAUCGACAUCUGGUGCCGUAACCCUCAGGUUGUCAAUCGCCGACUGUUAGCGUGCGUGGAAAUAUUAAAUAUAGAACUUGGCUACGAUAUUUUUGAUAUUUUCCACCGUAUAAAUAACUUGGAUUAUACGUUACUAAAUAAAACACACAAUGUAGACGAUAUCGAUAAAAAACUGUUGUUAGACGUGUUACGCAUUUCAGACGAACCGUUCGUUGCGUCGGGCAAAAGAGUUUGCUUGUACGUGACGAAGCAAUUGCCGCGCAUACCGCACUUAUUUUCGCCCGGCAUUGAGUUCACAUUGUUGGAGAGGCAAGAGAAUCGCGUGAUAAAUAUUCACAAAACCUUUUGCGCGGAGAAACGGUCUCUUGGGCCCGGAAAGGCGUACAUGACGCAGCUGGAAAAGAACGGUUACACGACCGUGAGCGUGUACCAGCGGAAAAAUGCCGAGGACGAUCCUAGCAUGGAAUGGUUGGAGAAGAAGCUCUUCCCGUGUAUGUUGAAAUGGAUGAAAAGCGAACCCAAGCCGAAUUCGGUGCGUCUCUCUUCGUUGAGUCUGGUGUCGACCGAGAAAUACGCGACGUUGUACUGCGAAUUGAAAGAGAGGUACAGCUCGGAACUGAUUAAAAACUGGCCCGAGAACACGGACCCGAUGAAGUUUGUUUACGAAGACAUCGCGAUCGCCGCUUAUCUGCUGUUGUUGUGGGAGAAGGAGAGACUGGAGAAGGGGACCGAGGAUAAACAGUCGUUUCUAGAUUUGGGAUGCGGCAACGGUUUGCUCGUGUACAUUUUGUUCAGCGAAGGUCACCGCGGUUUAGGGAUCGACUUGCGGCGCAGAAAAAUAUGGGACUUCUAUCCGCCCGAAAUCCCACUGCAAGUCGACACGGUCAUUCCAUCGUCCGCGACCGUCUAUCCAGGCGUCGAUUGGAUCAUAGGGAACCAUUCGGACGAAUUGACGCCGUGGAUUCCAGUGAUCGCCGCCCGCAGUUCCGUCGACUGUCGUUUCUUUCUGUUGCCUUGUUGCUCGUACGAGCUCGACGGCACUAAAUACCAAAGAUACUGCGCCUCGAAGAGCCAGUACGCGGAGUAUAUCGAUUACGUUAGAAGUAUAUGCGACGAAUGCGGCUUCGAGACGCAUAUCGAUAAAUUAAGAAUUCCUUCGACGAAACGAAUCUGCUUGAUCGGUUGGGAGAGGAGGCGCGAGGACGCGGAGACCAGGGAGAAUCGUAUUCAGGAAAUGAUCAGUGCCAAGACCACGUUCACGCGACAGAAACACGAAACGAACGAGACGCUAAAUACCGGUAGCUGGACCUGUAACUUCAAACCGAGGGACGCGGUGGAGAAGGUACGUAAUUGCACGCAACUGGACAAAACGUUGAUCGCGGAUAUCGUCAAUAUGGUGGCGAAUCAAUUGCUACACGAGGGUCGUACAAUAUCGGUCGAGGAUGCACCGAAGAGAAUGUGGAACGCUGGUCGAUGCCUCGAUCUACGACAGAUCGCCGAAUCGAUCCCAAGAGACAUCAUGAUACGUUUACGAAAAGAAUGCGGCGGUCUACAAACUCUGUUAAAGAAUCACAGACACAUAUUCCGGGUCGCGCAAGGGAAGGUCGAGUUUCGUAUACCAGGUGGCGGGGGAGUUCUCGCUGAGAGGUCGAGAAAACAGGGAACCUCACCGGAAACGAAAUUUAAACCCUGUUGGUUCUAUGCAAAUCAUCCGCACGGUUGUCCAGCAACUGAAACAAAAUGUAACUUUAAACAUUAAC